AAUAGAUCAUCAUAGCACAACCAAGAAGAGUUGUGAAUAUCCUUGAGAGAUAUGUGAGGUGUUGUUUUGAGAGUUUUUUAAUUAGAGCUUGUAUGUCUCUUCUUUCUAUUCUUGAAAGUAAUAGAAGUGUUUUUCUCUCAUAUUAGCACGAUCCUGUUAUUCCCAACAAGUGGUAUCAGAGCCUGGCUGAGCUUUUGGCCACCGGAAGCCACCUCACGCGCCGCCUACGCGCCGGUGGUGAGGAGCUCGCUGACGUCAUCCCUGACGUCAUUCUGCACGCAGGCCAGAGGUUGAAGACAGCUGACGUCAUCAGCCAGUCAGAGCUGUGUCAGCGACACAUCAGCGCCACAAGUGCACAUCCGCUACAUCAUCAGCUCACUGCCAUCUUCCACCAGCGCCCAGUCAGCUGCCACGUCAACGCCCAGUUAGCGCCACGUCAUCUGCCACGUCAUCUGCCACGUCACCGGUCAGUUUUUAAAUUUUGAAAAAUUGCAGUUAGGUCCCUCAAUUUUUGGAAAAUUAUAAUUUCCACCUAUAAUUUUUCGAAAAUUGUAUUUUGACCCCGAAAGUGUCUACCCACCAUUUUUGGCCGUUCCGGACGCAACGGUGCUGCCCGUUUUUCAAAAUUCUGCUCCGAUUUUUCUCAAACAGAAUAUUAAAAUUAUUUAGAAGGUGAAAAUGACCUUUGACGAGUCAACUUCAUCUUCCGGAGCUAUGAUUAUGCUCACGGCUACCAACUACACGCUAUGGAAACCUCGGAUGGAAGAUUUCCUUAGCUGUAAAGACCUUUUUGAUCCAAUAGAGAUGAAAGGUAUUAAUCCUGACCCACCCAAAUCAAUAGAGUGGAAGAAAAUAAAUAGAAAAACUAUUGGUCAAAUCCGUCAAUGGAUUGAUCAUAGUGUCUUCCACCACGUUGCACAAGAAACCGACGCUUAUGCCCUUUGGAAGAAGCUAGAAGAUAUGUACCAGGCCAAGACCGCCAGGAAUAAGGCCCUACUGAUGAGGCGUCUUGUCAAUAUGAAGCUCAAAAGUGGAACUUCUGUUGCCGAACAUACUAGUCAGUUUCAGAGUCUGGUAAAUCAACUAUCUUGUGUAGAAAUGCCACUUGGAGAUGAAAUGCAAUCUCUACUACUUCUUAGUUCCCUUCCUGAUAGUUGGGAGACACUAGUUGUUACUCUCAGCAACUCAGCCCCAGAUGGCAAACUUACCAUGUCUGUGGUCAAGGAUGCAUUGUUCAAUGAGGAGGCAAGGAGGAAAGACAUGAGCACAGAUCAGACUCAUGCUCUUGUGACGGAGAAUCGAGGAAGAUCACAAGGAAAGCAACAAAGAAACAGUAGAGGAAAGUGGCAAAGCAGAGGCAAAAGUUGGGGGAGAUCAUCAGAUGGCCGGAAACCUUCUUAUACCUGCCACCAUUGCGGUAUAGAGGGUCACAUGAAGAAGAAUUGCUACAAAUUGCUAGAGGAGCGAGGCAAGAGCAAUUCUCAAGCGAAGAACAAGGGUGGUGAAGCGCUCAUCACAAUCUCAGGUGAUGUGGCGUAUUGUACUAGCAAUGAUGAAACAUGCCUGCACGUCUCAAGAGAGGACACUGAAUGGGUGGUAGAUACUGCAGCAUCCUACCAUGUUACUCCCCACAGGUACUACUUCACAACUUACAAAGCUGGAGACUUUAGAGCAGUAAAGAUGGGCAAUUCCAGUUCCUCUGGAAUAGCUGGAAUUGGUGAUAUACAAAUAAAGACGAGUACUGGGAGCACAAUCACUUUGAAGGAUGUCAGACAUGUCCCAGACCUUCGGCUCAAUCUCCUAUCUGUGGUAUGUCUUGACGAACAGGGGUAUGACAACCACUUUAACAGGGGCACCUGGAAAAUGUCAAAGGGCGUUUUGACAAUCGCUCGAGGACAUGUUUGUGGCAAAUUGUACAAAACCCAUUUGAGGAUUUGUAUGGAUAGCCUCAACAUUGCAGAGGAGACUUCUCAGAAUCUGUGGCACCUGAGGCUCGGCCACAUCGGUGAGAAAGGGUUGACUACCUUGAUGAAGAAGAACCUUAUCAACAUUGACAAGAAUUCUGCACCGGGUCCUUGCAGUCAUUGUCUAUUUGGUAAGCAACAUAGAGUAUCAUUUAGUUCUACUUCAACUAAAAGAACGGAGUUGUUAAGUUUGGUACACUCCGAUGUCUGUGGUCCUUUCGAGGUAGAAUCAAUCGGUGGAAGCAGAUAUUUUCUGACUUUUAUCGAUGAUGCUUCUCGGAAAGUGUGGGUGUAUUUCCUGACGACGAAGGAUCGGGUCUUUGAGAGCUUCAAGACAUUUCACGUCUUGGUGGAACGUGAAACAGGAAAGAAGUUGAAAUGUCUCCGAUCUGAUAAUGGAGGCGAAUAUACAUCCAAGGCGUUCGAUGCAUAUUGCAGAGAAUAUGGCAUUCGACAUGAGAAGUCAGUACCACGCACCCCUCAGCACAACGGUGUUGCUGAAAGAAUGAACCGGACUAUCAUGGAGCGUGUCCGGAGCAUGCUAAAUGUGGCUAAACUUCCAAAGUCAUUUUGGGGAGAAGCAGUCAACACCGCAUGCUAUCUUAUCAACCGAUCACCUUCAGUACCACUGAACUUUGAAGUUCCAGAGAGGCUAUGGACAGGUAAGGAUCCUACAUACUCACAUCUUAGAGUUUUUGGUUGUUCAUCAUAUGCACAUGUAUCCAAAGAGCUCAGACAGAAGCUCGAUGCAAGAACUAUCCCAUGCAUUUUCGUUGGCUAUGGAAAUGAAGAGUUUGGAUACAGGUUAUGGGAUCCUAAGGAGAAAAAGGUGUUCAGAAGCAGGGACGUUGUGUUCC